GGAGCAGUAGUAGAGGGUUGGCACGGGCAGGGAAGAAACCCUGGCAAGGGCUUUGGGAACCAGAGCCAUCCGAUUUCACGGGGAGGCGGACGGGAGAAGGCAGCAGGGUAAAAGUGCCAGGCUGCUAGCCAACGCCCGUGGGCACUCUGCUAUCCUCCUGCGUGAGAGAUGGAGGGAACUGACACACACAAGCAAGCUCCGCCCCUGGCUGUCACGUGGUGCAUCCCUGCCCUUGCGCACCGUGCGGAAGCUUGAGUUGUCCGAACGGAAGGUCCGGCGGCCGCCGCCCCCCAACAUUCGGCCUCGACCGGAAUGGGGCAAGAGGGAGCGGCUUUAGGACUGUUGCUCUAAGGAGCCGAGUGGCGGCUGCACUGGCACGCCGAGGUGGACUCGCAGGCCGACCGGGGUGCGGAAGGCGGGGCAAUAGUAGACCCGAAGGGGUGGGUUAGGGCCCGGGGAGUGCGCAAGCGCACGGUAACCGGAGGCUGGGGAGUGGAUCUCUGCGCGAACCCCCAGUGGGCGUGUGCGCUUGCGCACUCGGAAGGUAACUGUCACCCUGGGAGGUGGCGGCGGUGCGAGGCUGCUGGGGCCCGGGUCUGAGGAGGCGGGAUGGCGGCCUCACCUGGGAGCGCAGGAGCGACUGGGACUGCCGAAGACGAGGAGCAGCGGGAAGUGGUUCGGGUCCGAGUCAAGAAGUUUGAAGGAUUCCUGCAACCUGACUUCCGGACAUUUGCUGUAGAUCCCCAAAUCACCUCCCUCGAUGUACUACAACACAUCCUGAUUCGAGCCUUUGACCUCAAUGGAAAAAAGCAUCAGUUUGGCAUCAGUUACCUGGGCCGGGACAAGCUGGGUCCCGAGGCCUAUAUCCCACUGACCUCUGAGGGAGAUUUGAGCACAGCCUUCACCAGUGCCUCCCAGCCCUACCUGCAGCUUCGAGUGGAUGUCAGACCGCUGGAAGAUAGCCCCCUCUUGGAAGACUGGGACAUCAUCAGUCCCAAGGAUGUCAUCGGCACCGACCUGCUGCCUGUGGAGAAGCGUUCCUUGACGGCCGUGGCGCUGCCUUUCACACAGUCCAUCAUCUCUCAGGUGGGUCGGACACUGUCCAAGGUCCAGCAGGCCCUGAGCUGGUCCUAUGGGGAAGACCUGAAGCCUUUCAAACCCCCGCUCAGCGAUGCCGAGUUUCACACCUACCUGAAUCGGGAGGGCCAGCUGUGCCGGCCCGAAGAGCUGCGCCUGCGCAUCUACCACGGAGGAGUGGAGCCUUCCCUCCGCAAGGUGGUGUGGCGCUACCUGCUGAACGUGUACCCAGACGGGCUGACGGGCCAGGAGCGCAUGGACUACAUGAAGCGGAAGACGCUCGAAUAUAACCAGCUGAAGAGCGAGUGGCACCAGCGGGCCAGUGCCGAGGACCUGGAGUUCAUCCGGAGCAACGUCCUCAAGGACGUCCUGCGCACAGACCGGGCUCACCCCUACUACGCGGGCCCCGAGGACAACCCCCACCUCAUCGCUCUGCACGACCUGCUCACCACAUACGCGGUCACCCACCCCCAGAUCUCCUACUGCCAGGGGAUGAGUGACAUCGCCUCCCCCAUCCUGGCCGUCAUGGACAACGAGGGCCACGCUUUCAUCUGCUUCUGCGGCAUCAUGAAGCGGCUGGAGGCCAACUUCCGCGUUGAUGGGGAGGCCAUGUCCGUCAAGUUCUCCCACCUGAAGCUCCUGCUCCAGUACUCAGACCCGGAAUUCUAUAGCUACCUCCUCUCCACCGGGGCUGACGACCUUUUCUUUUGCUACCGUUGGCUGUUGCUGGAGCUCAAGCGGGAGUUUGCCUUUGAAGAUGCUCUGAGGAUGUUGGAGGUGACCUGGAGCUCCUUGCCCCCGGAUCCCCCCGAGAAAGAGGUAGAGCUCGUGGGCUUUCCCGCCCCGGCAAGAGAUGGCGAGCAGCCUGUCCGCCAGCGGCACAUGCUGAGGCCCACGUACUACGGCCUGGACGAGGCUAGAGACAAGGUGCUGCUCCCCAGGGGGGAAAAGAAGGAAGAAAGCUCGGGGACAGAGGAGAGCGAGGAGACGGGUUUUAGGAAAAGGCCCUUAGCCAGACAGGCCAGUGUUGGGGACUAUCAGCCUUACCGAGUUCGGGCUGGGGAGGAUGCCCAGUGGGGCAGCCCUCCUCCCCAGCUACUAGAACCCUUGGCAGUGGAGGAGGGGCACAUGCCGUCCAAUGUCCUCGUGCCCCUGGUGCUGCCUCUUCACGUGCCCAAGUCCUUCUCGGCUCCUUCCCUUAGGCCCCUGAUCGUGCCCUCCUCCCCGUCGUCCACAGAGCCCAACCCGGCGGGGGAGGAGAGCGGCAGCACCCCGUCUGACAAGGGGGGCUCCCUGGGGAAAAGCUUGUUGUCAGCCUGCCCGUCUUCCCUCCCGCCACCUCCACCCACCGGGGUGGCCGUGAGCCUCCCUCCGCCCCAGGAGUUUGGCCGUGGGAACCCCUUCAUGCUCUUCUUGUGCUUGGCUAUCCUGCUGGAGCACCGGGACCACAUCAUGAAGCGCAGUAUGGACUACAACGAGCUGGCCAUGCACUUUGACCGCCUGGUCCGGAGGCACCACCUGGGAAAAGUUCUGCACCGGGCUAAGACGCUGUUUGCCGACUAUCUGCAGUCGGAGGUGUGGGACUCCGAGGAAGGGGACGAGGCCGCGGCGGACUCCCCGACCCCCGCCGCCUCGGUCGCCAGCUCCUGACCCGGGAGCCUUCCCUUCUCUCUUCCCCCAUCUCCUUCCUCCCCCACUUCUUCCUUCCCCAUCCCAUCGGUGCCAGCUGCUGCCAAGAAAGGGAAGCCUGGGUGGAAUAAGCCACCAGCUACCUCCCUCCACCUCUGUCUGCGUUCUGCGUUCUCCUCGUCUACCUGCCUCCCGUGGCGUGCUUGGCUCUCGGUCUGCCCCGGCAACUCUUGAGUCUUCCACGUGUCUAGCCCUCUGUCCUUCUCUUGGCCCCCGGGAGUCGCCCUGAAUUCGAGAGGUUUUUCCCAUUUCUCCAGGGGCCACACAGAUCCGAAGGUGACCCGUGGCCCCCAGUCAGCUUCGAGGGCCAUUCGGUCACACUACUUCCCCACCUCCUUUUUGACCUGGCAAAGGCUCCCGGGCUCUGGGUUUCUCAGGCCCCGUGUCUCUGUUUACAUUCUCAACCGGAGCAGGCCAGCUUGCCCAUAGUGAGGGAAGGUUUGGGCUGAACGGCCCCUGGGUGCUGAGAGGGGCGGGACCCAGGGGGGCCAGCCUUUGCUUCCUGAGCUCUGACGGGAAAGCUGUUGGGUUGGUGCCUCCCUCUACCCUUACCCCUCCAGAGAUGCUCUCUCUCCUGCUGCUUGUUCCAUCCACUGGGAAGAUGAGGAGGCACCGCCAGGCAUUCGUUAUGUGAACAAUAAACACCUGCCAACUUCCAA